GUCAGUGUUGACAGAGGGGCAGCAUGAGACACUUCUCUGCUCGGGAAAUGCAAGCAUGGGGAUAUUUGGAGGAAAAGUCAGUUUGACAGCUCACUCACUGAGAAGAGACAUGUGGAGGACUCUAACACUUUCCCUUAUUGUGCUGUUGCUGGAAACAGAGGUGUCCCAGUGUGAGGAUGUUGGGUCUAUGGCAGCCGAUGAAACAGGGGUGCCUAUACAGCAGGAGAAUAUUAGCGAUAUAUCCACUGUUCUGGGAACGUCCCGAUACCAGAUCCUGGCUGCUCAGUAUGAGUGUUACAUGAAGAUCAUCUAUGAUCCACCACCUACUGAAAAAGAUACUUACUGUAACCGUACAUGGGACGGCUGGCUGUGCUGGGGGGAUUCAACUCCUGGGACCUCAAUGCAGAUGUGUCCUGCAUACUUUCAUGAUUUUGACCCAGCUGAGAAAGUUUCCAAAGUCUGUAAUCCUGACGGCCAGUGGUUCCAUCAUCCAGAUAGCGACCGAGUCUGGAGUAACUACACUAUGUGUCAGGCCCACACCAAAGACAAAGUCAAGUUUGCCAUCAGUCUCUACUACCUGGCCAUGGUGGGUCAUUGUUUGUCCAUUGUCUCGCUGAUUAUAUGUCUGAUCAUCUUCUCCUACUUCAAGAGUCUCAGCUGCCAGAGAAUCUCGCUCCACAAGAACAUGUUCCUCUCCUUCAUCUUGAACUCCAUUGUCACCAUAAUGUGGCUCUCAGUCACCUCAACCAACAACGAAACCAUAAACACCAGCGACUCCGUGAGCUGUAAGGUCCUGGCUGUGCUCACUCAGUAUGCAUCUACUUCCAAUUACUUCUGGAUGCUGUGUCAGGGCAUCUACCUCCACACACUCAUCAUAGUGGCCGUGUUUGUCGGGGAACAGCAGCUCUUCUGGUACUACGUGCUGGGAUGGGGUUUUCCCAUCGUUCCUGCAGCAACAUAUGCCGUGGCUCGUGGACUCUACUUUAACGACAAGUGUUGGAUCAGCGCACACACUCAUUUGCUCUACAUCAUCCAUGGGCCCAUUCAAUCUGCACUGUUUGUGAACUUUUUAUUUCUCCUGAACAUCGUUCGAGUUCUGGUCACCAAGCUGAAGGGGACCCACUGUGCUGAGUCCAGGGUCUACAUGAAGGCAGUUCGAGCCACCCUCAUCCUCAUCCCUCUGCUGGGAGUCCAGUUCAUCCUUUUCCCCUGGAGGCCAGGGGGCCGCAUUGCCCGCGCCAUCUAUGAUUUCUUUAUAAAUAUCUUCAGCCACUUCCAGGGACUCCUGGUGGCGAUUAUAUUCUGUUUCUGCAAUAAUGAGGCCCAGGCAGCAAUGAAGAGGAAGUGGUAUCAGCGGAACUUUGCCUGGGGCAAAACUGGCUGGGGAGAAAGACCUAUCACCAACAACCACUUUAACUCCCAAACCAACUCCUCUUUCAUGGAGACGAGCCGCGCCACCAUCAGCUUGGAGCAGCCUUCUGCUUCGACCUCUGACCAAAAUGAAUGCAGCCUCGCCCUGUCCAAGGUGCAGCAGAGAGCCAACGGGCAGAACAACAACAGCAACACCUCCAGCAAUGGGGAGGUGGACAUGCUCAACAACCCGCAGACCACCGACAUCUGACGGUCACAGAGAAUGACUGAGGUUGCAGGUAUAUUUUAAAAAUAAAGGUUAACUGAUUUAGACGUUGUACAUUAUAUCUUUAGAGCACUUCAAAGCAUGUGGUGUUCACACACAAGCACAAAUAUUUGUAUGGUAACUUGUUUUGGACUUGUAGGAACUGAGGAGAUAAUUGAUUUAUAUCAUGGUGUCGUAUAAUCACACUAUAUGCCUUUGUUUUGUUGCUCGAUUUAUGGAAUUAAGUGACUAUUUGUCUUAUAGUAGAAAGGAGAAAGGUGCAAACCCCAAACCAGCAGUCUUGAUAUCACAGAUGCAGACCUGUAUGCUGUACACAGGAAAUCUGUCGCCUUAUGAAGUCUUUGAACCCUUUGCUCAUCCACUGUAACCAAUGAAUGUCAUAUUCCACUGAUGUUAUCACACAUAUACUUUUACACGCUGCUAUUAAAGGAAACCCAGCUUCCACAUCUUAGCUGGUUUCGGAAAAGUUCAACUGCAGCCCACUGUUAACAAAAGCAAAAGCAACACAGUAGUCGCUCACAUUUUGAUUCAGAUUGAAUGCGUAUAAGAGUGCAAAGUGCAUUAAGAGUUAAAUGUACACUUUUCAUUUUUAGAAUAUGAUAAACUAACACAGUAAUUACGUAACUGAGUAAAGACCAGAAUAUGACUUUUUGACAUUUGUUUUACAAUAUAAUACAACACAGACAUAAAUAUUGUCUGCUAAAACAGGGGGAAACAGGACACCAAUUUAACACAUAUAUAAGAUACAUUGAACUGACAUGAACUCUAUUGGCAGAGGCUUUUGUGUGGGAUAACAAAAUCUGUUCAAUAAGACAAAGAGCAAGGAGAUCAGGACAUGGGAUGCACAGUAAGUGUGAGCAGGUGCUGGAGGUGUAAGGAGAAGAGAUAAUUUUGUCAGGAGGAAUAGACAAGUUCUCAAGAGGCACUUGAAGAUGGAGAGGGACCCUGCUGCUCUCAAAGCAUUUAAUAGCUCCUUCCAUAAUCAGAGUCUGGACUGUGAGUAGGUUGCGUGCAGGAAUGGCAAUGCCAGAAGAAGAAGUGCUAUGAAUUUGAUUUGGGCAACCAUGGCUAGGCAGUGGAGGUUAAUGAGUGGUGGAGAAACAUGCUAUCUUUUAGGCAGAUUGAAGAACAGACAUGCCACUGCAUCAUGGACCAUCUGUAGUUGUUUCACUGUGCGUGAAGGCAGACCCACUAGAAGUGUGUUGUAGUAGUCAGUAGUUGAGGUAAGGGAUAACCAUGGUCUCAACCAAGAGUCAGGUAGGGCCUGCCCAGAUUUAUUUUAUGUUGUUGUAGAGUUGAAAGUGGCAUGACCAAGAAACAUAGGCGACAUGAUCAGAGGAGGAUAAUUGGUCAUCAAUCAUGACAACCAGGUUUCUCAUAACUUGGUUGAGGUCAGAGAUUAAUUUUGAUAACUUUAUUAUCCUUUAAGUUGAGAAGAGAGAUUAAGUUGAGGCUGGUGUUUCUUUAUCCAUGUAGAUAUGUCUGAGAGUUACCAGACUUGUGAGCAAAUCACUGGAAGGAACUGGAGUAUAAUGCUGCGAGAGGGGGCCCAGCUCAGAGCCUUGGGGCAUCCCACAUUUUUUCCUUGCCAUGACUAUGAAAAAAAAAUGCAAUUUUUCCCUGGAUGCAAUUAUCAGAGAAUACGAAUGGCAGGAUGUGGUGGUUCGCCUUGUCAAAGGCUACUAAGAACUGAGGACUGAACCACAGAUGUAACUGCCCUUGGGACUUCUGUCACAGAAAACAGAACUGUUUCACUGGUGUAGUCCCUCUUAGAGAAUGACGGAUUCGGAUCAAGAGGAGUAAGAGUAAUUCUCAGAUCUGUUGGAAAACCACACUUUCAAUAGCGUCAGAUAAUAAUUAAGCAACAAGGGGGACAGAUACUUCUCAACCUGAAAAGGGUCAAGGCUUUCAGAGCAGGGGUGUUACUACAGCCUGUAAACAUACAGCUUUGUUCUCAAAGCCAAGAAGCAUUUAUCAUAUGUGGGAUUGCUGGUACCAUGGUAUGAGUAAUGGCUUAGAGGAGGUUGGAAGGAAUCGAUUCAAGCAGACAUGUGUAGGAUGACUAAGCGUCUGCUGUGUUGAUGCUGUGUUUUCAGUAAGUAGUGAAUGAAGGAAAUGAUCUGCUCUGCUUAUCUUGCAGGUGCUCUGCCCUCAGAGAAUUGACUGCUGAUCACAACCAUAUUUUCAGCAAAGAAACAGGCAAAGGUAUCAAUUCAGUAAUUAUUAAGUUAGAUCAAAUCAGGCGAUUCAGUGAGCUGCAUAUAAUUGAAUUAGACAGCAGCAUUGAGGAUUGACAGAAGAAAGUACCCAGCGGAACGAUGCAGCUAAAGUUUAGAAGAGCAGCAGUCACUCAUAGGAAAACAGAUAGGGUGUAGGAAUGGGCUGUGACCCAUACCCAAUAAAUCAAUUAUAAAAAUUUCAAAAGUAUUAUAAAUUAAUUUGUUGGGUAAAUCAAAGCUUAAAAGGCAUACAACUAAGGCAUCAUAACAACCCCUUUCUGACAGUUUUCUCGCAGACCGGAAAACCCGUUUUCUUAAGGCACCAACAUUGAACAGAGAUGUCACACCUCAGCUUGGAGUUGUAAAACUAGUUCUUGGCAGUCAAAUGUUAAGUUUGGACACAGAACAGAGGAAAAGUUUUAUCGCCUCGUUAUCACUGUAUAAGUUCAUUAUCACUAUGUUUGCUUUGACAGAUAUGAAUUAUGUUAUUUUGAAAGGGCUUUCAUGGUUUCUUUACACAGCUGUCAGACUUUAGAUUAAUGUAUCAAUGACAUAAUUAGAAGUAUCAAAUAUUUAUGUGCAUAGUGUGUAGUGAAUUAUACUGCUGGUCUGCUCCAAACCUAUUUACUUUACCUGGAACUAGAUUAUAUAUUAGACAUUAGAGUUAUAACACUAAUUUCCAGUGUCAGUUGAGAAGUACAGUGAAAUAAUGGAGCUGUGGUGUGAAAGACAUUAAACAUAGUAACAACAUAGUAUACAGAGGAGGUUCAUAAACACAGCGGUGUAUUGAAUAAUCUAUUCUGAGCUGUGUGUGCACAUAUUCUUUUCAUAAAUACACCUCUCACUUAUUAAUAGUUUCUCACACUUUUAUUUUUAUUGUAAUAAAACAGUGGAUUGUAAUCUGAUGUGAAGAUUUAAUGUGAUGUAAAUGUAGAGCUACACAUAAAAAAAUACAUUUAAAAACGUUUGGAUGAGGAUUAUAGAGCUUUUACAGACACAGGACUGUGCCAAGUUUGUCUUAGAAAUAAGUGAGUUUUUCCUUCUGUAUAACUCCACUUCAGUCAACAUUGAAGGAGACUUUUAAAGAUUUGUCAUGUAUUUAUUGUAAUACUGUUCCAACUGCUUUGUCAAAUUCAAUAUAAUUUUAUGUUAAGUUGUGGCUGUUAAAAAAUUUACUGUUUGACUGUUUCUUUUAUUUUGUAAAAUAAAGUUUAAAAAUAAAAUGCAUAAAUAAACAACAUUAUUAUUGAAAAGGCUAGUUCUGCGGGUCAGUGCAGAACCAAUUUCACUUUUCAUUGGAUUAUUAGGCAAAAUGUAUGUUAUGCACAUAUAUUAUGAUGUCCACAAUGCACAAUCUUGUAGGAACACGAAAGCUCCAGUGUGGAUCCAACAGGGUAUUGUGAUGAUGGGUAAUAAACCAUAAAUGUGGAAAGAAAUCAGCUUAGUAGAGAAGAGAAACGUCUGUUUAAAAAAUAAACUGUUUCUCAACACAUAUCCACAGAAGCCCAAUCCUGUAACCCUGUACACGUCUGCCCAGUAGAGAAACAGUUGUCACGGACAUGUUUGCAAAUGAAUUCAAGAAACAUUCCAAUAAAGUGUCCCAAAAAAACCCUUUAAUUCAAGAAUCUUACUGUAUCUAAUAAUGCUAUUUACGUGUGGAAAUAAAAUUGUUUGGACCGUGGAA